AUGAGUAUCGCGAUCUCCCGCCUCGCAGAGGCAAAGCAAAUCUCUUGCUCUCGCUUCGUUGUACUGCAAUCUUUUGAUAACGUGAAGUUUAUCGUAGACAAGGAGGAACUCGAAGUCGAUACCAGUGGAUUUCCACCUGCUACUACUCCAUCCUACAUCGGGGAGGUGUCUUCUCUUCCCGAACGCUCUCACGUCCUGAACAUCCUUUUCCAAUAUGUCGGCACUCAGAGUCAUCAACCUGUGCUGGAUCAAAUCGAAUUUGCGCUGAUAUUAAAGGUCGCCGAAGCCGCGGAAAAGUAUGAGGUGCAUAAAGCAAUUGCCGCCGUUCAAUUCGAACUUAGAAACCCUUAUGAAGCGGUGUCCUCGUCUAUUUAUGAAAUGGGUGCAUCUUGA